AAAAAAUCCAAAGAGUGAAGUGAGAUGGCUUACUACAAUCAAAACACUCCUCCUGCUAUUAACGUUAACGUUUCUGGUCCACCUCCUCCACCACAAGGAUAUCCUCAACCGGGUUAUCAAGGGGGUCAACCAUGUUAUCAAGGGUAUCCUCCUCCACCCCAACCUCAAGUUUUUGUCGCUCAAACUCCACCUCCACCUCCACCUGCUCCUGCACAUGAACCUCCAGCAAAAAAGUCAGGAGGAGGAGGAGCAGCAGGGGCAGCAGCGGGAGGAGGUUUUUUGGCAUGCUGUGCCGCGAUCUGUUGCUGCUGCGCCAUGGAGGAGCUUUGUUUCUAA